AACUGGAGUGUCCAGUCAUUGUGCAGUUACAGUAAGAUUAACUAAAUUAACAACAGUCGCAGUAAUGGCUGUAAACUCGGAACCAAGUAGUGUUUCGUUGCCCGUUUCUGGAAUAGUGAUAGCAGUAGUAUCAAGUUUCAUUAAUGGGUCGACAUUUGUGCUUCAAAAAAAGGGAAUAUUACGCUCCCGCGACAGAGGAGGGUCGUACCUCACAGAUGUGGUGUGGUGGGCUGGCACACUGUCCAUGAUUGUUGGUCAAAUUGGGAAUUUCCUGGCGUACAAUGUGGCCCCCGCUGUAAUAGUUACACCGCUAGGAGCCCUUGGAGUGUUAUUUGGGGCUGUGCUGGCUUCUUGGAUCUUGAAGGAACAUUUAAAUAUCCUGGGAAAGCUUGGCUGUGUAUUAUGUUGCUGUGGCUCUGUUGUGCUUAUCAUUCAUGCCCCUAAAGCGGAGACUGUUACAUCGAGACUGGAGUUAGAGGAGAGGCUAUUGGACCCAGUGUUUGUAGUGUAUGCCCUCUUGGUGGUCCUGCUGCUGGUUAUACUCAUUGUGUGGAUAGCUCCAGCUCACGGCACAUCAAACAUCAUGGUAUAUGUUGCCAUAUGUUCCCUCUUGGGAAGCUUCACUGUCCCAAGCAGCAAAGGACUUGGCCUGGUUGCACCAAACGUCUUUGGAGAAGGGCCGUCGAGCAGCAGAGCUCUGGCUCUCUUCCUGGGCUUGUUGGGGACUCUGGCUGUCAGCAUCCUGAUCCAGUUCUUCUUCAUCAACAAGGCCUUGGAGUGUUUCAGCUCCAACAUGUUUGAAGCCAUAUACUAUGUAACAUUCACAUCCACCGUGAUUCUUGCUUCUGCUCUUCUCUUCAAGGAGUGGACUGCACUGACUUUAACAGACAGCCUCGUCAUGCUUUGUGGUCUGACGACAGUGUGCAUCGGGGUCGUUUUACUCCGCAUUUCCCAAGAGGCUUUGAUUACUUGGAAAAAGAAGACAGACUGAUUGAGAUGCCUUCACAUUUACAUGACUUUUGUGCUAUACUGCAUUUCUUAAAACAGUGAUUUCCAACCAGUACUUGUACCCCAGCGAGUAGGUUACUUCUACAGUUGAUAGGGGGUACCUGAAAAAAUGUAGGGUAGCUCAACUAACUUGAAAAAAUAAAAUUUAAAUUAUGAUUUGUUUAAAAUAUAUAUAUUAUAUCCACAUAUUAACAUUAAAGCUAUCCAAGCCUUCCAUGAUCACGUAAUAGCCUAGUAGGCUAGAAGUAGUAUGAUUGCUGACCCAACCAACCUAUUAACAGUUUAAUUGCAUGAAAAAAAUGAACAAUAUCCACUUCUACAUAAUAAAUAGUGUUAUACAUUUAGAACAUACAUUGGUAACCGAUGAAGGGGUACAUCUGACAGGGCUGUAGGGGGACCUCAGUCCAAAAAGGUUGGGUCUUAUGACACAGAGUCUAGGCUUGAUUUGUCCAGUUUAAAUGACCAAACAGUGUAUUUAUUACUAGUAGUAGUUAUUAACUAGUUUAACAUUUUACUAGAAUAUUCUUGCAGUUUCUUAAGGAACCAUUCUUAGUUACUGUGUAACCCACAACUAUCUCCAAAAGUGAAACUUUUUUUCUUAAAUCAUUCCAUCUUUAACUUCAUUAAUACUUACGAAUGCAACUGGAAUCAUCAUGAGACUGUCUCUUCGCCUAUCAUAGCUUUUUUUUUUAUUAUUAUUUUUGGGCACGUCUGCCUUUAUUGGAUAGGAAAGCUGAGAUAUGAAAGGGGAGAAGACAUACAGGAAACCAUCUCAGGUCGGACUCGAACCCUGGACCUUCUGCGUCGAGGAACAAACCUCUACAUAUGUGCGCCUGCUCUACCAACUGGGCUAACUGGCCACGACCUAUCAUAGCUUUUAAAUAGAGGAACAGUUAAUGUGCCAACCUUUGUUUCAUUUUUACUAAUUAGCAAAUAGUUACAAAGAGGCUUACAAAACAUUGGUAACUGGUAAAAUAGAAAUUGCAAAUAAGUCUGUUUACUUUCAUCCAGAGUGUUGCCUUCAAAGCUUUAAUAGAUGGUCUCCUUUUCUCCCAAUACCAGACUGUAUCAGUGUAGAAUCACCUACACUUAGACUGAUUCAGUGUAAUUUCAGAAUCAGUCUCUUUAAACCAGGAGUUGUGUAGAAGGCGAGUGUUUACAAUGACUGAAAGAGCAUUUUGUCAAAAGGAUGGAUUUGUAAAGCUGAUAUACCAAAUAUAAAUCAAUGGUACUACAUGUGAUUUGGAUUAUGGAUUAUUUAUGUACAUAAAACAAAUAUUUUCCUUCAUUUCUACUAUUUGUCAGACGUGGUUUGAUAGGGAUGCCUAGUCACUUGACCAACCAACCCACACUUGAAAGUGAUGUGCUGGCGUUGGCAAGCAUUUGUCAUACUAAAGGGUCCAAGAGAAAUACACUAUUCUUAAAAAGCCCUAUGAGUCAUUUCACUGAUAAGGUUUGGUUAUCUUCCUUAUUUUAAAGUAUAAAAUUAGUUACAUAUCACUUGUACAAUAUUUAAAAAAAAACAUUGUGUUUGCUUUGCCUUUCCUAAUACAGAUUUACAAUAAAUUAUUCCUUCAAUUCCUUUAGUAAAACGUGGGACUGAUAUAGCCUACUGUCAUUAAACAAUACGUUUAUGUUGGUCAUUUUGGUUGCUGUAGUCUAUUGUAAUGUACAUGAUUUUGAAUCAGGAGGGUUUUCAAAUCAUCCUACAAGUUAGUUUGUGCUUUUAUAAUGUAACUAUAGUGUAAAAUGAGUGCAAUAUAAUAUCACGGCAAUUAUUAUUAUUAUUAUUAAGAGUUUACUUUGCCCACUGGGAGGGUCAUCACACUAAUGCAUUUUAUAAAACAUAGGUGUGCCUAACCGAUCUAUAUCCUUGUAUUAUUUAUUUAUAUAAUUAUUGAAGAAAAUACUGCCAGGUCUUUAAACAUGUUUUCUUAUCUUUUUCCUUUUCCUUUUUAUUUUCAUAUGUUAUGUGACAAAUCCUUAUGUGGUAAAUGUGCUAUAACUUUAACAUCCCUCGUUCUUGUCAAAUAGUUAUGAAAUGUUUGUGAGAUAUAGAAGGGACAGAAAAAAGGGCAAUGAGAGGAGAUACUUUGAGUUCAUGUAUUAUCUAGGUACACUUCCUGAACUGUAAUAUUCCCAUUGUCCAAUAAAUAAAAAAAAGAGUUGAUUUUGUA